CUGGAACAUUGAACCGUCCGCCAUAACUGUUUCUUUAAACCCAUCUUGAACAGCGGCAGUUCGCAAGUUUUAGGCGUGGGAAAUGGUUCGCCAGACGAGGACUGAGUGGAAGGCCGGUUACUUCAAAAAGCUUGGAAAGCAUCUGUCUGAGUUCGACAAAUGUUUCAUAGUGAAUGUUGACAAUGUGCGUUCAAAGCAGAUGCAGCAAAUUAGGAUGGCAUUGCGUGGAAAUGCGGAGCUGGUUCUUGGCAAAAAUACACUGAUGAGGAAAGUUAUUCAAAACCAGGUCGAGCGUAACAGUACAUUGGAAAAGCUGCUACCUCACAUACGCGAAAAUGUGGGCUUCGUCUUUACUAACGGAGAUUUGUGUGAUGUUCGGGAAAAAAUUGAAAAGAACCGUGUUGAAGCACCAGCAAAAGCUGGAGCGAUCGCCCCCUGUGACGUCAUAGUACCCGCACAAAACACUGGUCUCGGUCCUGAGAAGACGGCAUUCUUCCAGGCUCUCAGUAUCCCCACUAAGAUAGCAAGAGGAGCGAUUGAAAUACUCAACGAUGUGCACUUGGUACACAAAGAUACGAAAGUUGGCAUGAGCGAGGCUACAUUAUUGGGAAUGCUGAAAAUCCAUCCGUUCACUUACGGUUUAGUCAUAAAACAGGUAUUUGACCAGGGAUGCGUGUAUGAUCCUGCGGUUCUGGACAUCACACCUGAAAUGAUUGCUGGGAAAUUCAUAGCAGGCGUACAAAAUAUUGCUUGUCUCAGUUUAGCUUUAGGUUAUACAACACUGGCGAGCAUUCCUCAUGUUCUCGCCAAUGGUUUCAAGAACUUGUUGGCCGUAUCCGUCAUGACGGACUAUACAUUCAAAGAAGCUGAGCAGUGCAUAGAAAAGUUUUGUUCACUCGUAUGACUAGAACUAAAUUAUUCAGUAUCCAUACUAGAAAUAUCCCAGGCAUUGGUUUCGCCUGACUUGCUGUGUGAAAUAGGAUGUUACCGAAAUAUGUGGUCCUUAUUGGCGGCUAUUUUAGCAGUUGCCAGUUAACCUAGGUUUCACGUACUUUGUACCAGUUGGCCUUUGUUAAUCCUCGCAGAAGAUAUCUAUCUCUGUGAAGAUCUAGUUUCUCCCUGAACGCAUUGACAAGUGUUGAUACUACUUGCUGAGGUAAGGAGUUCCAGUCGUUGACGUGAUGGGAGCGAUAAGUAUUUUUUUGUGAUGCCCCGGAGAUAGUCUUAGGAGGGGUAAAAAGACAGGACAUCAGUACCGAAGUCAUUUGUAAUAAUAUGAAAUGCCAGUAUAAUAUCCCUCCGUUUCACUACGGUGAGAAAAUGGGAAUAAGUUCAGCUGAUUUAGUCCUUCCUCAUGCGACAGAUUCGAAAGGCCUUCCACUAGCCUAGUACCUACCCUAUGAACAUGCUUGAGUGUGUCAGCAUCCUUUUUCGGGCAUGGGCUGACCGCCUGGAUGCAGUAUUCCAGGUGAGGUCUAAGUUAAGUCGAAUAAAGUAUUCUGGACAUGCCCUGAUCAAAACAUUCGAAAGCUGUGCAGAGGGACCAUACUUAGCGGAAGCCCUUUGCUGUAGCUGCUUUAGAGUUUGCCGAGGUCUUGAAAUCAUGACUGAUGAUGACACCUAAGCCUUUUAGUUCAAAGAUUAUAAGUAGUGGUGUAUUAUCAACAAAAUGCUAAGGACAAUUGUUAUGACCAAUGUGCACUAUUACACCUUUGUUGUUGAUUUCCAGGCACCAAAGUUUGGACUAACCUCGUUCAUCUAAAUCCGCCUAAAGUGAACACCUAUCUGCAUCACUGUGCAUGGCUCUCCAGAUCUUAACAUCAUCGGUGAAUAACAGUGCCGAAGAAGUGGCAAUUUAUCGAUGUAUGACAACAAAAGUAGUAAACCUAGGAUUGUCCCUUGAGGAACACUCAUCACAGGUUUCCACCAGGAUGGUAUCCCAUUUAACUUUUCUAUCGUACAGAAAGUCCCUAAUACAGGCUUGCAAUGAAGCACCAAACUAGUUAUAUUGACGUGCAACGAGGUUUCUAAUUGUUCCAGUGUGUCAUUGUAUGAACCUACUGAUUCACUGACCAUCUAUUAUUGCUUCUGUGAGAGUGGAUUUUGAUGUAAUUUGUGGUCCAUAAAUGGGCUUGGCUGAUUGUAAGAUCAGCCGCUGACGGGAUCAAUGAAGAAUACCAGUGCAAAGACACGUUCAACUUCACUUAGCACAAAGUGAAGGUUUAGGACUAAGGCGUGUCUUUCCAUAGGGUGGUAUUUGGUAAGCUGGUCAUCUCUGUGCGACACUGACUUGUACCUUCAGAAAGCCAAACUUAUUGCUCUUCGGUGGUCUGGUAGUGACAGAGGAUUCUCAGAUAAGCUUUCGGUAACACUAUAUUGUGUAAUCCUAAGUUGAGUAUUUAGAUAAUAAAACAGUACAUAAAGGGUUACUUGUUUUGCAGAUCAUCCGGAUAAUGUCUAUGUGGUUAUCCUCUCAGUUGUUGCUCCCUAUAAGUCAUGAUUUGUUUUGCAUUUUAGAUCAAGGAAUUUAUAGCAGACCCUUCGAAGUUCGCCGCAACGGUUGCUCCCGUUGCAGCAACUGCUCCAACUCCUGCUGCGAAGGUUGAGGAAAAAGCUGCACCUGUUGAACAGCCAUCUGAAGAAAGUGAAGAUGAUAUGGGAUUCGGCCUGUUUGACUGAACGUUUAAUAAAUAGAUGCAAGGUGAAUAUUCUUUUUUCUCAAACUUAGUACCUGCCAGAGUUUUAGAUUUUUUAUGGGUCAGUCAUAUUUGCAUGUAGUCGGAUAUAUGUCUGUUAUUUGCCUGGGCUGGGGAGACGAUGGGAAUCAGAGGUUUAAAGCUCUUGGUGACAUGACUGAAUGUUGGUCAAAAUGAAGAUGUAUUCACACCUUGACGUCUAUAGCUUGAGUAUUCGCACUAACCUUUGUCUUCAAAUCGCCUUUCUCAGAACCUCCUUGAUAUCACUCCCAUUCUAUCCACCUUUGUAUACCAUUGUGGACUGUGUCAACUCGAACCGAUGCACUUGUGCGCGUGGUCAUAUGUCGAUUCUGUCUGCCAUAGUGCCUGCUUAUUGUUGUAAUCGAAUUUUAACUUGAACAGGUCAAAUCACAGCACAGUUCCGGAUGUCGGGUGUGCUUGUGGAUAGAUGACAGGCAGUAGUGAAGUUGGGGUGCUGAUUUGGUGUGCGAUGAAGAUUAUCUGCGAGGAUUUCCUGGUUAACAUUCUUUGUAAUAUGCUGACAUGUGGGGUGUUGGCGUGAGUCAGUGUAGGUGGCACUCUUCAGACCAACGUCAGUAUUUCAGUCUCUGGGUUUACUCAGUAUCGUUUGUGCCAUCGUGACUAGGGUAGAUAGAAUCUCCCAUCAAGUAUUCUCAUUGGUGACUUCACCUGCGUGCUUCUGCUGUCUGCUCAACUGUCGGUAGUUUAGGGUUCUGCUACGAAUCCACAAACAGCGACUUCAUAAGUCCGAUAGUGCUCAAGUAUCAUCUGGCCAUUUCCACUAAGUUGAAAAUAGCGUGUAAAUGUAGGAAUGGGGUUCCGUAACAGAGGCGCUUGUAGUUCACUGAUUCAAGCUCGGACACUGCAGUGGUGUGUCCGGUCAAUUCUAGUCCUAACGUUUUGUGACUUUGUUUCCAUGCCCUUAGAAAUAGUUCCCAUUAUGUUUUUGGACAUGAUGGUAAUAAUGUGAUUCCAUUGGUUAAUGAUUGUACUUUCAUUUGUUUCCAAUACUUACGGAUACGUUUUUAUAGCCUAACUGAAUUGCAACAUCAGAAAUAAGAGUUCUUCGCUAAUCUCUCUUAUGUCUUACGAUAAGUGUCUCCGUUGAGAAGCAACAGUACGACGGUAGUGCUCCCAUCGUUUGUUGCUAGGUUCACAAGACAACGACUACCACUUAGUCACCACGUGAUAUCGUUCACUCAGUGCACUUGGCUCUUAUAUGUGGCGCACUGUAAGUCACCAUUAGUCGGGUCCCUUUUCUGGUAUUGACAUAUCGCUC